AUGCUGCGCUCAGGCGCAGGGCGGCUGUACAAGGGUGUAGUCAGGGCAGUAGACUCGCUCAUCACGGACGGCCCGACCAUCACAACGCUGUCAUCACACCAGCUCAGUCUUUCCAUAAAUCGACAAAGCCGACGCCCGGCUCCGCGCUCGACCUCAUCAGCCAACGCCGCUACGAGAGUUCCCACAGCACUCUUUCACUCGGAAUCGUACUUCAGCGCAUCGCCGCCCGAGUUUCCUUCGUCCGUCGGGCAUCCCGACCCCUUGAAGCUGGAGCGUUUUCUGCCUCCUUUGCUCGACAUUGUUCUUAAUGCUCAGAAUGAAGUGCAAGAAGCACUCUUCACAGCGAUUCAGCAGCUCGACGCCGAUCGCUCCUGGCAACUUUACAGACAACUCGGCAAGUCCCGUCACAGCCUAUCUACAGCAGUCAUCGACUUGCUUAUCACCUUGCAGUGUCGCAUACCAGUCCGAAGUAGUCCAGCAAACGUCAUCGACAGCCGUGCUGCUGUUCGUCAGGUCUGCGAUAGGAUCCUAUCCCUAUGCCACGACCGACUGCGCAAUCAACCUGGCAGCUCCUCCCGUGCCAUUACCUCUGCGAAUGAGCAUGACGGACUUUCGACACUGCCCGCUGCACUCUCCCUCAGACUCCUCUAUCUGCUUAUCAUCGAAGAAGAGCAAGUCGCAGCAUCCAAAUCUCGCCGGCCCUCUCGCCGGCGCAAUAGCCUCUCAGGGAUCCUUUCGACACUUUCGGCCAACGUAGAUGCUCGCCAUGAACCGGGUCAGUCGCCAAUUGAUUUUGAACUCAGAGGGCGCCUCGCAGCCUCUUUGUCCCGACUCGGAGCUACAGAUGCUGCCUAUCGUCACCUGGAACUGGUAGUGAAGCCAGCAGCCUGUCCCAGCGCCAAUGCCUUCAUCGACCCGCGACCCUUUGAUCAGCUCCUUUCCGCAUUGGCGAAACAAGCCAACACCUCCACCCAAGCUGUUCAACAUCUUCCAUCUCCCGUCGAUUCGACUUCAAAUACCAUCAAGGAGGACGAUCCUAUCAUUCGAGCUCUGCGACUCACUGUGUCCUAUGAAAUCUCUGCAUCCAAGGCCAACAUUCACAGAUGCCUCCAAGCCUUGGACUCCGUCACCCUCUGGUGGCUGCUACCUUUCGAACUGGAUAGUGACCAUUCACAUGGUGCCAGCUCUGCUACGCACCAGCCCGACAAUCGUCUCAGUCUCAAGCAAAAGUGGCAUCCAUGGCAAAUUUCUGCAGACCAGCCGACCAUCUCACAGGAAUCUCUCGACUCUUUCGCCGAACGUGUCGCUCUAGUCCUUGCCCAGCGUGGCAUCCUACAGCCGGCUCUCCAUAUCGUAGAUGGCCUGCAAGUUACACAUCAAGGCAACAACUUCCAGUCCGAGACACAAUCUACACGCAAGAUUCCUGACCACGAUUUCUUCACUGUCGUCUUGGAGAAGCUGGCAGAACGGAUGGCAUCCAGCUUUGAUUCAGACGCGCGCAGUUCUCUAGAUAGGCACAGGGGGCUGUCGGCCGACCUCCAUCUGGCGUUCAAAGUCUACACAACCGCGCAUGCCGCCGGCGUCGACCUCGACUCUCGUCUCAACUUGGCUGUCGUUAACGUCCUAGCUUCUUGCUUGCCUUCGGCCGUGGCUGAUCUAGGGCCCUCAAGAUCUCGUCAUACCAAGAUCUCUGCUCAACUUGCUCGCCGCAACGAAGAACACGGUAGCAAACAGGCUCUCAAGCAGUAUCUCCGCCAAUUCACCACCAUGGUACUCGGCAGCGAUCCAGAUCUGAGCAAGGGCAGCUUGAGCUAUCCUGCGCAGGCCACCCUCCUUGGUCUUCACAUGCGCACUCGCGAUUACUCGUUCUCCAAGCGCCUCUAUCAGCCCAUCCGUCUGCGUGAUUCGGACCGGGAGCUGUGGUCAUUCGAUCCGAAGGCAGGCUCUCUGCAGUACGCAGCUCUGCAUCCCUUGUCAGCACCAGACCGAGACGCUUUCACCUGGUUCUUUGCCGAGAGCCUUCGCUUCUCUGCCAAGACCGUCUUUGCGGUCCAGCUCCACCUCGAUUGGAUCGCGAGCGGUAACGUCAUGCCGUCCAGCCUCAACGCCAUGUUUGUUCGAAGUCUCUUGAGAGCCGGUCUCAUCCCUGUCGUUCGACGCGUAUUGCACGAGCUCGAGGUGGAUCGAAGCUUGCUGCCUGCGCGUCUCGCCCGCAGUCUCGUCGUGUCGUUCGCCGAAGCUGGCUAUCCUGACCUCGCUAUGGAGCUGGUCGUGAAUGUUUCCCAGUUGACGUCUCCGACCUAUCUGUCACAAAGAGGCAAGGUCGACAAGCACGCAGCAUCAGGCUCACGCGAUACCUGGAUUCUUGUUUCAACUCUGAAGCUCAUGAGCGUCGCGCUCGAACAUUCCAGCAAGGCGCCGGCCGCCAAGGACGGUGAAUUACAUCGAAAAGUACUGCGCCUGUUCGAAGAGUUUAGGCUGGGCUUGACCCAUCAUCUCUUCAUAAAUAUGGCACAGUCGAAGGACGCCUCACAGGCUCAGGCUCCAACUGCCGUGAGUUUGCGGGACGUUCGUAUGGCCUACAAUGCAUGCAUUCGGGCUUCAUUAUCAGGUUUGCCGACUUCGUUCCGAGUUUCCGAAAUGACGGACAGUAGCGAUCCCGACGUCAGCUGGGACACGACCGAGUCCACCUGUUUGCACGUAGAGGAGCUCUUCAACGAGCUAAGGGAUUUAGGCGUUGAGCCUGACGAUGACUCGUGGAAUCUGCAGCUCACAUCGAGCUUGCACGCAUGCUUUGCAGCUCCCGAUCAAGCAGGGCGAACAGAGUGGCUGCAGAAAGCACUCUCGUUGUUCGAACAUGCUUCCAAGCAGGUCUUCAAAGCAGAUGGCCCGCUUCACGGAUCCGAGCACAAUUCUUCGGCACUCGAUACCUUCAGGUCAGCCUCGGAAAACGACGACAUCCACCGGGUCACUCUGCAUCCGGCCGUUGUCGCAGCCAUCAUCGAUGCCAGUCGAUGCUGCCGCGACCUCGAGUCCGGCCUGCGUGUUUACGAGCUUCAUCAGCGCCGGAACGGGUUCAACGUGCAUGUCGAAAAAGCGCGCUUGACACUUCUCGCGGACUUGGCCGAGCCGCGUGAAUGUCGCACUGAGCUCCAACGUCUUACACAGCAGCAUAAAUCGGCUUUCAGGCACAGCGACCGCUUUAUGAAGCAUCUGCACAUGCUCUCCUGCGCUGCGCACAACACUGGGCCGCGCUAG